AUGACUUCAUCCAGCGCCAUCCCCUCCUCCGGCCUGCGCGCCGCUGCCCCCGUGAAGGCCGCCGCCAAGGCCGCCUGCGCGCGCAAGUGCAAGUGCUCCCGCCAUUCAGUCGUCCGCGCCGCCGCCGCGUCCGCGAACAACGAUGCGGAGACUUCGUCGCAAACCCUCUUCGCCAGCGUGACGCAGGCGGCGCCUGCUCCCGCGGCUGACAACAGCCUCCUCGUCCCCGGAAUCAUCGGCGCUGGCGUCGUCGGCGGAGCCGCGCUCGCGCUCCUGACCAACAAGCCGGCCGCGCCGGCCGCGGCGGCUCCCGCUGCCGCCAGCUCCGCGCCCGUGACGCACGCGAGGCGCGCGGCGGCGCCCGCGCUGGCGACGAUGGCGGCGACGUUCCCGAACGCGAUGCAGGAGGAGACGUUCAUGCACGCGGUUGCGGAGGAGCUCCGCAAUCUCGGCUUCCGCCGCGACAACUGCAUUGCGCUCGUCAACACUUGCCGCGACGAAGUCUGCCGCCCGAUUGUUAACCUUAUCGAUAGGGAGUUCGGGAUGAGCUUCAAUAUCGCCGGGCUCGGCGGGCUCGUGAUUUGCGGCAAGACCGGAUUCAAGGCUGCCAUGUCGCACUCGCCCGAUCAUCCACGCGAUACGCUCCACCCCACCCCACCCGUUACAGACAUUUUCUUCGGAUUCCCCCACGUGUCCAUCGGCGAGUCGGGCGAGGUCGGUUCGCUGCUGCGUCGCGGGCGCGGUAAGCCGUCGAGCGCGUGCGGAGCGCUGAUCGCGAUCAAGGGCGACAUCAAGGCGGGCGGGCCCGUGGUGGAGGACGCCGAUAACGCCGAGUAUGUGGAGCUCAAGAAGAAGAUCAUCGCGCGAGUCAAGCCGUCCGGCCCCGACGGCCCGUCCCUGGUGCAGGUCACCAAGGCCGCCCUGCAGGCGAUCACUGACGACUUGGAGCAUCUGAUCUCGCUGACUGUGGACCCUGCUACUGCUGACUACGCUGUCAUCACUGGCGUGCAAAUUCACUCCGGCAACCAGAUACCCGGCGAGCCCUUCCGCAUUGAGCGCACCUGCGACUACAUCGCGCCCAAUGCCAUGUACGCCGUGAUUCGCGGCGAGAAGCACAUUCUGCACACCGAGAUCAACCAAAUCACCGCCAUCAAGUCCGUGCCUGCUAGCAAGUUCGCUUAG